AUGCUGUCCAAGAGGUUAUUUGGUCUAUUAAUAACUGCUUCCGUUAUAAAGUAUUGUCACGGCGGAUGUUAUGCUGUGUCUACCGAUCUGAAUACAAAAUGGCGGAAGGCCGACGUGUUGGAGCAGAUUGCUCACGACUAUUAUCAGAGCCUAGCUCUUGGACCUGAUGAUGUCGGCGACACUCAGAAGCGUUUCGCUUCCGUUUUCUCCCAAGCACUGCUCCUAUAUUUGACCAGUGACAAACACAAUGUGCUGGAAAGCGUAGAAGAUGCCGCACAGAAGAUAGGGAAGUAUUUGGACGAGCCGGCCGAUGUUAUUGGCGGGAAGUAUAGAUCAGUGAUUUCGAUUUACUUAAACGUUGUUGAACAGCCCAUAACCGACGUGCAAAACGCCUGUCCCGUUACUGCUAGAGAGGCUGAAUGUAUAAAAGCUUUGUCCAAACUUGAGAGAAAGAGGAUAGAACGCUGUCCAGAAUACUUCAAGAACAUCGAUCUGUACACCAGACUAUCAGAAUGGGUGUCAAGUUGCGGCACGCUAUAUUUUUUGCAAGAAUUGACAACUUUUGCAAGUAAAAAUUGCUCUGACAGCGCAACAAUCGACUUCUUCGUAAAGUCGCUUUCUGGAAAAUAUUCACAAACAUUCUAUAUUUUUAAAAAUAUUUUUAAAACACUGAUAACGGAACGCUACACAUGUAACACAUUUUCCUUUCUGUAA